AUGGCUAUUAACUUUUCAGCAACGCCCAUGAGUCCUCCAGGGCCUUAUGACUCGGGCGAGAGGGAACAUGGCGAGGUCGUGGCGCCUCUUCGAGUCCAUAGCUCCCAACCUACUUCCUCUGGCCUCUCUCCGCCACCAGCAGCGGUUAGAUCAGACAUCGCCUCUGUGGUACCCCCGUCCUCUUUCAACAAAUACGAUGCCUCGGGCACCCCCUCCUGGGCAGAUGUGUCCAGAUUCUCCAGCUCGCGGUCCCGAGCCGCUCUUUGUAGCGCCAAAAACGCGCUACCAGUUCCCAAACGCGAGGAUAUAUGCGUCUUGGUGACUGAGGUCAUACAACCCAGCUCGGACGGCCAAGGCACUCUCCCUCCUCCACGCCUAGACCCAUUUCGGCUCAGACUCUCACUCUGCGACGCCUUCAGCCUCUCGUUGCGAGACUUUCCGAACGUCACUCAUACGAAGACAGGAUACGCUUUGCACCUCUCGAACCGAGCGAUUCAACACAAGCUUCUCGAGAACAAAACUGAAGUUGCUCGACUGGGUGGGGCUCGGCAGGUUACGAUUCCUACAACAUGGCAUACUGAGGCAGUCCCUAACGUCGCUUCCUCUCUCCAGGGUAUCCUGGGCGAACGGACGGAGGAUUGCGGAUGA